CCAAACUCCAACCACCAACAGGCUAGCCACACGUCGUCACUUCUCGCAGCAAGUGCGCACACACUCGCUUACGGACAGUAUCACUGGCCGCAGCCAAGCGAUCAGAUCUGACUUCAAGGCCCGUCUUUGUUGCUGAAGCUUGAUUGAGGCAACUCGUGUGCGCAGGCUAGGUGGUGCCAUGGAUAGCAAAGACCAGGCCAAUGAUAACGUUCACGAGCCCAAUACCACUGCCAAGGACCUUCCGGCCGAUGUCCUCGUUGGCAUCUUCCGUGAUGUAGCCCACACGGCUCAGCGCCCAGGCUACCUUGACCGGACAAACACUCUCCGUCUGAAUCCGUGGUCUUCGCACGACACUACCAGCUGUGAGCACCCCUUCCCUGAAUGCCUCGCCUCUGUCAGUCCGCUUUGGCGGGAUGCCAUGUCGAGCAUAUCCAUGUUCUGGACGCACAUCGUUAUUUGGAUUGGCAGGAACCCUACUCCACCUUCGAGGAUUCGCGAGUACCUCGAAUGGUCAAGGGGCCGACUCUUGGACAUCCACAUCGUGCGGAGGUUUGAUCUGACUCUGGACGAUGCGACGGAGAAGGCUCAGGUGGACGCCAUCAUGGCGCUGCUGUUGCCUCAUAUGGGUCGGUGGAGGGUCCUAGGCAUGAAGGUCCUUCACUCGAGGUCGCUCCCUUGUCCACGCGUAGACCUCGUCGGGUAUGCGGACAACUUGAUCAGGCUCAACCUCGAUUUCUUGCUGGACAACUUAAUCACCAGUCCCGACAUCGACUCACCCGCGGUGUACGAGUUCUACACUCCGAAGCUACGGGAUCUUUCGAUCUGCGGCGUUCACUUUCGCCAUGCGUACGUGCAGAACUACGAACAGUCACCAAUGCCGCCUGAGCUCCUCUCGCUCACGAUCACCAGCUACGACGAGCGCAAUGUACCCUUCCCGCUCCAUGAGCUCUUGGCGUGCCUUGUGCGCACACACAACUUGCGCGAGGUCGAACUCGACGGGCUCAGCCUGGACUGCUACAGUGACGACAGCGAAGGGCUACUCUCUACCGUGCUCCCUGAUGGUUUCCGAUGGCGCACCCCGAUGAGCUUCGUCAACAUGUCCGCUGAUGUCAUCGCGGAAUUCGGCUCGCUCCUCGAUGGCCCGACACUCGGAUACCUGUGCUAUACGCGGUGCACGUUGCCAACCCGCCCUCCCAGCCCCCCUGAACUACCAGAGGCUUUCAGUGUUACCUUGACUGACAUUGCUAGCCCGGGGGCGCUUCUAUACUACCUGACGACUGGCCUGGAUACUAGCAGCGUCGCUUGCUGUCAAGCAGAGAUCGUGCGUUGUGACGGCCUCCUCCCGGCGGUGUUGCGCCGCCUCGCGGUGCCAAUGCGAACGAGGGCAGAUGGCACAGCUGAAUGGCUGUGCGCCGAGGUCGAGCAUUUCAUAAUCACUGAAUGCACGAAGUUCCGCAGCACAGAUCUCCGGGCCUUCGUGGAGGCACGUUGGCAUGCGGCGAGUGCGGCGGCGCACGCUUUGGAUUGGGAUACUGAGCACCCCGGCAUAGUAGCGGUGAGCAACCUCUAUGUGCGCGAUUGCGGCGAGCUCGCACCGGAAGAUCGGGAGUGGUUGAAUGAGCAUGUGUCUAUUGUUUGCUGGGAUGGGUGGAGAGGCGGGUAUGGUGAUGUUGCGCCGCUUGGCCCUUAAGCUUGUUUACGAGUGCCAUACAAAUCGGAAUUUGAACUUCUUUUCACCACGGAAGGAAGUCCAAGUUCACAUCCCAGUCAACUGUCGUGGUGCGAUCAUACAUGAACAAGAUUCUUGAUGGUGGAACGGACGUGCUCACCCAGAUAUGAUGCCACCUUUGUUCCUCGCAUGUCAGUACUAUCGUUGUGCCGAUUGUCUACACACCGUGCAUCAGAAUAUCUUCUGCCCUCUUAUGCCGUGAGUUGCCGACGCGCUACAUAGACACUGUACCAGAACUUACUCUGUCCAGACUGGAUAAGCCGACAAGCGUCCGAAAAAUACACGUA